AGUAUACGGUCAGUGCGGGCAGCUCGGUCAGUUCUCCCUCAAUCUCUCGUUUUAUCUCUUCUUUUCGGACUCUUGGCUCGUUAUAGAAACACCUCUUCUGGAAAUCUCUUGCACUCCUUUUAUCUCCUCAUCGUGAUCAAAUUUCUAAUCCCGGAUCUCGUUGGGCUUUGUGACGCUAUACGUAUCCAAGGUUUUGGUGAUAAUUUCGAAGAAAUUGGGAGAAUUUGGUCGGGCCUCGGGAAGAAUUGAGGUCGGAGUUGGCGAAUUCCGAAGGAAUGGCAGCAGAUUCGUGCUCGUCCGAGCAGGAGCAGGACGAGCCAGACGCCGGGUUCGUGGAGGUCGAUCCCACCGGUCGCUAUGGCCGCUAUCGUGAAAUAUUAGGAAAGGGUGCUUUCAAGACCGUCUAUAAAGCAUUUGACGAGUUGGAAGGCAUGGAAGUUGCUUGGAAUCAGGUGAAGGUGGCUGACGUGCUGCGGAACUCGGAUGACCUGGAGCGCCUCUAUUCUGAAGUCCACUUGCUUAAGACUCUGAAGCACAAGAAUAUAAUCAAGUUUUACAACUCGUGGGUUGACACCAAGCAUGAUAAUAUCAACUUCAUCACUGAGGUCUUCACAUCAGGGACAUUACGCCAGUAUCGCAAGAAACACAAGCAUGUAGAUGUAAGAGCAUUGAAGAAUUGGUCUAGACAAAUAUUGAGCGGCCUCCUCUACCUCCACAGUCAUGACCCUCCAGUUAUUCACAGAGACUUGAAAUGUGACAAUAUAUUUGUGAAUGGAAACCAUGGUGAGGUGAAGAUUGGCGACCUCGGAUUGGCAGCCAUUCUUCGACAUGCUCAUUCAGCUCACAGUGUUAUUGGUACGCCGGAGUUCAUGGCUCCAGAGCUGUAUGAGGAAGAGUAUAAUGAGUUGGUUGACAUUUAUGCAUUUGGCAUGUGCUUACUGGAGCUGGUGACGUUUGAGUACCCAUAUUCGGAAUGUACCAAUGCAGCACAAAUAUACAAGAAAGUGACAUCGGGAGUCAAGCCUGCAUCAUUGGCAAAGGUGAAGGACCCUACAAUUAAACAAUUUAUAGAAAAAUGCAUUGCCAAUGCUUCUGAACGAUUGCCUGCAAGAGAAUUAUUAAUGGAUCCUUUUCUGCUAUCGGAUGGUGAGAAUGAAAGCAUCAGCUCUUAUCUGCAGCAAGUUUCCGAUCAUGCAGAUAAUGUUACCAGUUAUGCAUGUGUAAAAGAACCAUCAAUUACUGGCCGAGAUUUCACAGUGGAAGGUCAACGCAAAGACAUUAAGACGAUAUUUCUAAAGCUACGAAUUGUAGAUUCAACAGGUCAAGUUCGCAACAUCCACUUCCCAUUCGAUAUCGAAGAAGACACAUCGAUCAGUGUUGCCACUGAAAUGGUUGCUGAGCUAGACCUUACAGAUCAAGAUGUUACGACCAUUGCUGCAAUGAUAGAUGCAGAAAUAUCGGCCCAUGUUCCAGAAUGGAUGGCAGGUGAAGCUCUUGAUAGCCGUGUCAAUGAGUUAGCUUCAGAUAGCCAUGACUCUGAAGCUGAAGAUGUACAUUCUCCUCUGCCCAAUGAAUCAGAUAAUCCUCUAGUUCUAGAGCGGCUACCUUCUGGUCGGAAGUACUGGUGUUCUCCUAGGAGAACUGGUGAGGAGUCUCCACCAUGGCCUGUACAAUCAAAUGCAUCUGCUGAAUUUAAUUUGCGUGCAAGUGAUGAUGUACCUGUGGAGGUUUGUGGAGGGAAAGAUGCUAGCUUAAAUAAUAAUGACCAGAGGGAAUAUCACUCUCAUGGCAGCACUUCAUCUAACCGGCAGAAGGAUUUCCCCCAUUCUAAUGGCAGUAGUAAAGACAAUUUGGAAAUCAAUUCUCCAUCAGCUUCUCCUGGUCUACAAAACCGAUCCCCAGCUGAUAUGGUUAAUCAAGAUAAUGAACUAGCUUCUUUAUGUCAUUUGUGUUACAAUCAACAUGGAGCCACUGAUGAGCAGUGUGGGGGUGAUGAUGAACAGUUGCCUGAUACAUUAUUGGAGAGUGAAUCUGAGGAUGUGAGAUCUGUUGUUCAGAGGUUAGAGAAUUUGUUGGUCCAGCAGCAGAAAGAAAUUGAUGAACUAAAAAAGAAGCACGAGAUGGCUAUAGAAGAUGUUUUUAAAGGACUGCAUCCUCAUCUUCGUAGUAGGAUAUUAGAUAAAUUCAACCUGAAAAUUAAUAACAAUAAGGUCCAUUGUUAGGUGGAAUUCUGUGUGGGAUAUUCCCGGGCUGUUGUUCCUUCUAACCAGCAGUCAUUGCUAUGUUGUAUGGCUGGCUCUACUGUGGAGGAUAUCAGAUAAAUUCAACCUGAAAAUUAAUAACAAUAAGGCCCAUUGUUGGGUGGAAUUCUGUGUGGGAUAUUCCUGGGCUGUUGUUCCUUCCUACCAGCAGUCAUUGCUAUGUUGUAUGGCGGGCUCUACUGUGGAUGGUGUUUUAGGAUGACCUUACAUUGCACCAGGCACCAUUUUCAGAAGAGGAUGGCCAUUAAUUCUACAGGUGGAUGAGUAGGCUUUCGGAGGCAAGUCAAAUGUGCUGAUCCUGCAUUCUGGUUUUUUAUUAGAUGUGGGUUUUCUGUAAUCUUAUGAGAACUUGGAUAAAUUGGAAUCUUAAGGCUCUGCCAUUAAAGGAUGCGGUAAAGUAUCCCUUUGACUUGAUGUCAUACAAGCAUGCUAUGUUUUCUGCGUAUCCAGAUCAACUCUGACGCUGUUGCUGUUCAAGAUGCUAUUCUGCUGCAAAAAGUUCAUGCUGACUUUGGCUUGAGAGAAAAAUCGUCUCAAAAGCAAAUUUGAGCAACUUGUGUUCAUUGUUGAAUGUAACCAUAAAUUAUUGGAAUUCGUAUUGUAUAUAUUUAUAGAAUUUGCUUUUACAGAUAGUAAUAUCUUGACUUUGAUUGUGAUUUCCAUGUAAUUUUUAGUGUUUCAUGAAUGCAUUAUAGUGUUUUGUGUA